AUGCCCAAUCUUGUCAUCUUGAUGGCGAAGUCGACGUCGAAGAGUGCGGACUAUCUUCGAGUGUUUGUGGACUCGGGCAACAACUUUGUUCGACAGCAAAGGCUACCGUUGUUGGACUUCGAGGAGAAGCAUGUGCCUCGAAGUCAAUUGGAAGAACGAUUGGCAACCGGUGCUAUCGUGAAUAUCGAGAAGCGCGUAAUUCACACACGCUUCGCGAACACCGGGUAUUUGUGGAAGAACUUCUUGUCCUGGACUUGGAUGACAAAACCGUACGGUCGUACGCUUCGGACGCGCAACGCAACAGAGAGCGAUGGCCCUAUUAACGCAGCGGAUACACCUAACGGUGCAUCCGAACCUCCGACAGAGACAGCGGCUCGCCCCGUUGUCUCCGGUCGUAGCGCGUGGAGUGCGAGGGCUUUAACUACUCCGGGAGUCGUUGACAGAAGAGAAGUGUCCGGCCAGAGACCAGACACUACGAAGAAAGUCUCUGCUGUAAGGCGUCGAGGUUACCCCAGCGUGUCGACUCCGGGAGUGGACACGCACUCGAUGUCAAAAUCGAGAGAGUUCUCCGCCGUGAGGCGUCGAGGUGACAACGGUGUGUCAACACCGGGAGUUGACACGCACUCGAUAUCGAUAUCGAGACGGUAUUCCGCCGCAAGGCGUAGAGGUGACGACGAUGCAUCCACUCCGAGAGUCGAUGCGACAAGCUGUGCGGACAGUUGCAAACGUCCGGCACUGAAGCUGGGUGCUGUCGUGCAGCCGGGCUGCACGAAGCAGGGCACGAUCAAGCCGGGCUUGAUGACG